GCCGGUAUUAGAGGUCCCGGGGACAGGUAGGUACUAUAUAAUAAUAAUAAUAAUAAUGGUCUCUCUGCGUGCGUAGGUCAGGUACACACCCAUCGUCGCAUCUACCUGCGGAGGAGAGAGACCAAGACCAAAGUGGCUACAGUCGCGUCUGGUCCCUUGCAAGUGUCACACACGGGUCGUCGACAGAACACGUUCUACCGUACGAAAUUCGCGCGUAUUUGUCCACGGUUAGCCGACGCAUUGUAUCCCGGCCAUGUGUCGUCUGUACGCGAUCGUUGCCGUAGCGGUGCUCGCCGUGCCGUACUGCUGCCGAGCGGCGGAGGGCGUGAGCGACACUCUGAUGAAGAUGUUCCGCAUCGAGACGAUGGAAAACCGCACUGCCGACGUCCAGGUACCCAGCUACAUGUACGAGUUGUACGAAGACACGGGAAAUAGGCGAUACGACGUGAUAAGGAGUAUCACGCCGACGACGGAAUCACAUGGCGCGUUCAGUCAGUUUGUUUAUGACCUGAGUACACUUGACCCCUCUGAAAUCGUCCAAAAAGCAGUCCUUCAGCUUGAACCUAACACAAAUCAUCAAUUUAGCAAGGCCAUAAAUGUAUCAUUUUUCGCUUUGCCUAAACAAACCAUAUCGAAAACGUAUUUAGGGUCGGGAACAAUACAUGGCACUUUAGAUUUGGUCAACGUUUUGGGUCCAAAGCCAUUAAAUGGCUUCGACCAACUAGUCGUCCAGAUGGAAGGUACGGCAAAAUUGUCUAUUGGACUAGUGUUGUAUUCGAUAACCACUGGUGAUGGAUAUGCAAAAGGCAACGAAUUGGCAAACUUGCUGUUUGAAACUACAAUUAAAAGACGCAAGAGGUCAGUGGCUGAUAAUGAAAUCGACGUUAAACGAAAUCAUUUCACGAGUGGGCCAAAACGAAAGAAGAAGAAGCAAAAAGUGUCACGAGUCAAUAAACUACAGGCCGUGGACACGGGUGACACGAUCACGUUUACCGGCGCGGACCAGUGCCGGAUGGAGAAGCUGGUGCUUAACUUCGCAGACAUCGGCUGGGAAGACUGGGUGAUCUACCCGAAGGGUUUCGAGACCAACUACUGCGCGGGUGGUUGCCUGUUCCCGCUGGGCAAGGGGUCCAAGCCCACCAACCACGCGACCGUGCAGAGCUUGGCCAGGUCGUUCGGCCGGUUGUGGGACGUGCCUGAGCCUUCGUGCGUGCCGGACACGCUCGCCCCGCUCACGCUGCUCUACAUGGACCGAUCCAACCACGUGCUGCUCAAGAGCUACCCCGACAUGAGGGUGGUCACGUGCUCGUGCAAGUGAUGAGGUUCCUUACCGCGACCACGGUUGUGACGUCAUGAUGUAAUUUAUUUAUUGUUUUGCCGGGCGUGUCCUAAUGAUCUGGGGACACACAUUCAAAUAUAGCUCCAAAAUGCGAUCGUGCCUGCAGAUACUCCUGAUACACCGUGUACCUAUCAUUAUUGAUUAUUGGCGUUAUUGUCAGAGGCUGUGAUUACUUUCCGACUUGAUUUUUGUAAUUUCGAAAAAAAGUAUAUUUACUAUACCUAAUAUUAUGUAGUCUGAAGUGUUUGUUUACAUCAUACAUCAACAUUUAGAAACUAAAAAAAAAAAUGUUAAUUAUACAAUAUAGUAAAUUACACGAUUUCCUCGUAACAAUGUAGUAUUAUAAAAUAUACUUCAAGCCGUAUAAAAAUAAUUCAUGCUUUCAUCGUACUCACAAGAUCGAUCUGGAAUAUUAUAAGCGCAGACAUCGUUGAAUGGAUCACUCCAUUCCUAAAUUACUUAUACAUAUACUAUAUUGUAUUUUAUAAAUAAUGAUUACACGUUCGUAUUAUUAUUAAAAUAUUUCGCUUCGUGAACAAUACAUUGAAAUAUUAUAAUAAUAUUAUUACAGGCAGUGACAAAAGGAAAAAUUCAGUGUUACCAAACCAUGUGGUGUUUUGUAUAGCUUUGGUUAGUGCAUAUUAUAGGUAUAUCAUUGUCCUUGCGCAAUAUUUAUAAACCGUUAUUAUAUUAAUGCUAUUUAUUGAAAAAUUGUAAUAUUGAAAUAUACUAUUAUUAUUAUAUUGUUAUCGUCCGUGGACCACGAUAACAGAUAAGUGCUCAAUAAUAUUAAUUAUUAUGAUAAUAAUAAUAUAAUAUAAACAUUCCAUGACGUCACAUACAUAAAUAAUAAAUAAAUCAUAAUAUACUAUAUUAUAUUCAUACGUCCGAUAGUUGGUCCAAAUCGCUUCUUUCGACAACGGUUGCGAUAGUUUUAUUUAUUUUUUUAAAAAAAUUUCUUACGCACUCGAGUGUGUGAUAUUAUUCAGACUUGAAUAAAUGCGUGUUAUACAGUUGGAUGGUAAUUAAAAUUAUUAUCCACCUCGACGAAAUGUGCUUACCAUUAUAAUAUUAUUACUUUGUUUUUAAAUUGUUUAUUUUGAAUUAGAUAUUAUGAAUGUGACGACGCAAAUGUUUGGUGACGGUAGGUAGGUACGUGAAGAUUAUAAUAUUAUCAUACAGAAAUUUUAUCUGAUGUAUCUACCUAUUAACUAUUAUAAUUUUAAUACAAUGUUAUAUUAUGUUACAUCAUUAUCUUAUGUUUAAAAUUAUUGAUACUAUUUUUAAGCAACUCAUUUUCAUUUGAAUAUUUUAAGAUAUUUAUGUAAUUAACAAAAAUUGAAUAAUAAAUGUGUAAAUACCAAA